CUUAUUUUUCGCUGUAUGUAUAGGUAUUUUCUUUAAAUUAAUGAUUUAAAAUUUUAGCUGCUUAUUUUACAUUAAAGUAGGAUAAUAUGCUAAUUUUUUUAUAAAUUUAUUAAUCUAUUUAGGAAAAUAUAAUUUCAUUAGAAUUGAAGUUAAUAUGUUAUCGAGGAAAAAUAAAGAGACACGGACCAUUAAAGAUGGAGUUGUAGGAAAAUAUGUGAAAAAAGAUAAACCUCCUGAAAUUCCAAUUAUCAAUGUAUGGUCUACAGAACCAUUUAGAAAAACAAGUACUAAUCGAGUCAAUUUACAAGAAAUUAAUAGUUUAAAUAAUACUAAUCAACCAGGAGGAUCAGCUCAAAAAUUUGGUAAUUUAAAAAACUCACCAUCUCCAUCAAUGCUUUUGGGCCAUGAAGGCAAGUACACUCCUAGUAGCUCCGUUCCUGAUUUGGCUCAAAAGUUUGCAAAUGCUAAUCUAUGGAGUAGUACUCCAGGUAUAUCUAAUGAUCAAUCUAUAAGUUCUAGGAACUAUUCCAAUCAAUAUCUAUCUAAUAAUUGUCAUAUAAAUCAUCAACUGGGAACACAUUCAAAUGCUAGCUGCUUACCAUACCAUUCUCAUAAUGAUUUAGCUGUACCAUCAGUAAUUAUGCACAGAUUUGGAGAUAGUACUGUUUAUACACCCUCUUUAUCAAGAUAUUUGCCUAAUAUUCAGCUUCAAUCUAAAAAUCAAUUAAUGAGUUCCCAUCAUUCUACACCUUCAUUACAUAAUGUUGGACACUCUAUCCCAUUACCAAUGCCUUCAGAUGGUGGAGAAGAACUCCCAUUACCUCCUGGUUGGUCUAUUGAUUUAACAUUGAGGGGUCGUAAGUAUUAUAUAGAUCAUAAUACUAAAACUACACAUUGGUCUCAUCCUUUGGAAAAAGAAGGUCUUCCUACUGGAUGGGAACGUAUUGAAAGCAGUGAUUAUGGUGUAUAUUUUGUUAAUCAUAUAACUCGACAGGCACAAUAUGAACAUCCUUGUGCACCACAUUAUAUUUAUCAGCCUGAAGUUAGAAUUCCAUUACCAAUACCACCUCCACCUCCACCAAGACCUACUAAUUUUCACCCACAUAGCAUGCUUGUACCCGCCAACCCUUAUUUAAACCAAGAAAUACCAGUUUGGUUAAGUGUGUAUUCUCAAGCUACUCAAACAUUGGAUCAUAAAUUAAGAUGGGAAAUGUUUCGAUUGCCUGAAUUGGAUUGUUUUAAUGCAAUGUUGACCCGUUUGUAUAAACAAGAAUUGGAGGAAAUAGUAAUGAGAUAUGAAGUCUACAGAUCAGCAUUACUUUAUGAAAUAGAUAGAAGGCAUAUACAAGCUCGAUGUAUUGAUACAAAUGAGUAUAACAAUCGAUAUAGACAAGGACCACGUAUCGUAGAUAUCACCAGUGAUAAUCUUCGAGAAGUAGCUCUUUCUCAGCAUACAGAAACAAAAGUUUAAUUUUUAAUAAUUUAAUUUAUCUAGUAAACACACUAUACAUUUAUAAUUUUUUUUUAUUUAACUUUUAAUUAAUUUGUAAUACUUAAAACUUUUUAAAGUUUUACAUAAAGGAAACUGUGAUAAUUUAAUUAAAUUUUAUUACCAUCAUUUCUUUGAUCAAAAUUCGAAUUUAUAAUUGUACCUUAUAUUUAAAAUUUUAUACUAUGGAAUAUUAUUUUUAAAAAGCUAUUAUUAGAAUAUUACUUUCAUUAUAUAACUCAAUGGUAAUAUUGACA